UAGAAGAGUUGAAAGAUCCGGUUCCUUAGAAAACAAUAAUGACGACUACUACAAAGUGUAACAAAGUUAGUGAUGAUGACUAAGAAACUAGUCGUAUAACCUUCUAAACUCAAUAUAGUUAAUAAAAGAAAAGACUCUUAUUCAAUGGCUUAUCAUCCUGCUAACGACCCAGAUGAAUCAUUUGACUAUUUGUUCAAAAUUGUACUGAUUGGUGAUGCUGGAGUUGGCAAAACUUGUGUUGUUCAACGAUUUAAGUCAGGAACAUACACUGAGAAGCAUGGCAGCACAAUAGGUGUAGAUUUCACAAUGAAAACUUUAAAUAUUGAUGGAAAACUUGUAAAGCUCCAGAUAUGGGAUACGGCUGGCCAAGAAAGAUUUCGAACUAUAACUCAGAGCUAUUACAGAAGUGCAAAUGGUGUUAUAAUAGCUUAUGACAUUAGCAAAAGGGCUACAUUUGAAGCUAUUCCGCGUUGGCUUGACGAUGUCAGACGUUAUGCUGGCUCCAAUGUAGUACAAUUACUUGUUGGAAAUAAAUGUGAUCUUGAAAAUCUCCGGGAAGUUACUAAAGAUGAUGCCAAGUCUCUUGCCCUGUCACAGAAUUUCAUUGGUUCUGUUGAGACUAGUGCCAAGGAAAACACCAAUGUUGACGACACAUUCCUAAAAAUGGCUAAGGAGUUAAAGAGGCGGUUUGGAGAUGAUGCCAACAUGGAUCCUGGUAUGAGCAAUAGUAUCAAUCUAAAUAGCCGGUCACUUUUAGGCGGAGGAAGGAGUUGGCUCCCUUGUUGCAGUGGAGGGAAUUCGUCCAACAGCAGUUAGCAGCUAGAGAAAAACCAUUGGUCUGAAAUCACAGAUAACAGAAUUCAUCAUUCUGGAACUAAGAGCAAUUUUUGACUCUGUCACUAUCACUCAGUUAUGUUGUGACAAAAUCUGCUGAUUUUUUUUAUUGUUUUUUGUAGGUUUUUUUUUUAUGUGCAAGGUUAACACAGACUACUGUAACCUAGAGAUAUUUUGUGUUUUUUGUGCCUGUGGUAUUGAAAUAGCCAUGCGCCAUUUAGAUAUUUUGCUUUUUCAAGAUAUAGUGUCUGUAAAGUCUGGGCACAUAGGAUAAGUGGAUAUUUUUGGUAUGGGUUAGCUUUAUUUUCAUUAUAUAGUUUGAUUCAUAUAACAUCUUCAGUAUGAUCUCCACCAUUCCCAAUGCAAAUAUUGAUGCGUUUCACAAAAUAUUAAUAAAUUUGAAUCUUAUAUUGAAAAUAAAAGGGGCCUAUUUUUUUUUCACUAAAUAGUUCCUUGUCGUCAAACUCAGUUGUCUCAUACAAGCUGAGAAGAUAUUUUUCUUCAAGAGCCUUACUUUAGAGCUCGCUCUGCUAUUGGUGGUACAUUAAAUUUUCAGACAUGAUCCAUUGCGUGGGGCAGCCUCAUUGAUGUGCUGCAUUAAAAUCCACUGUCAGAAGAUUUAAGUUCCUAAUGAUGCCCUCUGUAUAGUUUGCUCAGACCCUGUCAACUGCCACAAGUGGAAGGAUACGUCUAGUGUGGUAGAUGAGCUGCCUGCAACCUUUGACUGCAUCUUCCUUCAGUGUCUUGAGUGUUACCAUUUGUUGCUCAUUUCCUAGAUGACAUUUUCUGUUAUCACUAGUCGUAUUUGUAGAAGAAGCUAUAAAUAGGAAAUUACCAGUAGGUAGUUUUACUGCUAAUUAUAGCUGCAUUAUUGCUGGAUGUUUUGAACUGUUGUGUUCAUCUAUCUAGUUAACAUUCUUUGGCAGUCCCUUUAUACUACACUUUCAUAUAGAUGGUUUAACUUGCAUGCUAUUUUCUAUAAUAUAGAAGCAGCCAUUUUGUAAUACUCAGUGAAUGGAGGGAUCAGUGUAAUAGUGUGAUGAACAUUUUUUUCUCUUUACUACAGGGAAACAGCUUGAUUAACUCUAUCUAUCCACAAGCUUUCUUCCUCAUUUAUCAAUAGGUUUCAAGUGAUAUCAAAUAAGUUGAGUACAAAUCAAAAGGAAGUAACCUUUUUUUUUUAAAGAUGUUUCACUUUUUUCUUGUGGAUAUAAUUUACUACGUGUGGGUCACCAACUAAAAGCUUUUCAUUUUAAUUUAUCAUUUUGGGAGAUUAUUAAAAAUUUUGAACUAAAAAAAAACACACUUUUGUCAACUUUUUGGAUGUGGUGACCACAAGUAUAAGUUGUAAGCAUUAACUUGGGUCAGUAUUUUAGACUUACUUGUUGAAUAAAUAGUUGACCAUGCUACUCCUCAAGGAAAUCAGUUGUUCUAAUAAAUUCAUUGUCAACAAUUAUGAUCUCCUUAUACUGAUGAGGAGAGUCAUUGUCAAAUGGUGGACCAUGUGAUUUCUCAACUGCAGUAUCAUGUGAACUCUAAUGGGUAUUUGUUUGUUUUGUUUUGUUUUUUCUUUUGGGGGGGGGGGUGGAUAGUAAACGCUGCACUUAUGUUAAUUGUUGGCUACAGUAGCAGGUGAAUUGUACCUCCUGUCAUGGACCGCUUGGCGUUUUAAUAAGUUAAUGUUGCUAAGGCUUUUUAAAAAAAAAAUUGAUGUUGCUACAGUACAAAUACUACAGCUAAUCAGGUAACUGUUAGAUCAACUUUAUAUCUAGGCAACUUGUUGUAGUAGCUUUUAAAGUUAAGUCACUUUUACCAAUGUGAUAAAUUAGACAUUUUAAAAACUAGACUGAGCUAUUUUAGAGAAACUACUAAUUUUUUGUUUAAAUUUUGAAAAUGAUUUUCAACUAAAUCUUGAUUCCAUUUUUUUUUUUUUUUUUUCAAUAAACAUUUUAAUGAUGAAACAUUGUGGAAUUGUUUUCUGCCACCAAAAUAAUCCACUGUAACCAUUAUCUAUAAAAUAAGUAAUUUCUGAAGUUGUCUUUUUUUUUUUGCUCAUAUGUAUGGCAUAGCAUCUCUGUUUGCUCCAAAAGCUAACUCAGUACUUUUUAAAAGCUGACUGUGGUAUUAUUUUUUGAUGUUCUUUAACUUUGCAUGCAUUGAUUUUAAUCAUGUAUAUUUAUUGGUUGUUCCGUGUACGUGUAUGUCAAGUGUCUAUCUUGUACUGGUACUUUGAUAUUGUUAACAAUUGUCUGGUUAAUUUAUUGUUACAAGUUUCUGGUGACUUUACAGUAACAUAUGACUUUACAGUAACAUAUGACUUUAAUCCAGUUUUUUUUUAAAUUCUCAAAUGAUAUAUUUUUGAUUUACUGUAUGAUGCCAAUAUAUCAAUAAUUGUUGUUUAAAAUAUAAAUGGAGAUUUUUAUUUCCAAUAGUGUUGCAGAUUGUUAAUGUGUUGUUGAGGAAGGGUUGUUUCCCUUGGUAAACCCCACAGCAUUUGAACUUUGAGAUCAACAUACAUUGCAUACAGCUAUUUCAGGUUCAUGUUGCUUGCUAUCUCCAGGACAUUAUUUACCAUAAAUGUUCAAUUGAUUUUAUAUGUACAUAUACAUAUAUAUAUAUAUAUAUACAUUUGUUAACACUUUAUUGUUAUCCAAUGUUGUCAUAUUGUGUCUUUUUGUUUGCAUGGGUGUCCUAGGUUCCGCAAGACUUUUUUUUUUCCACAAAAUUUUUGUAAGCACUAAUUCAUUUACUUAAAUGAUAAUCAGUUAUAAAGGUGUGUGGCUGGGUGACCUAUCAAGUGGUCUGAAGUCUGAAACCUGACUUGAGCUGAGUUGUGUUUGCUGAGCACCUAAAGGCAGCACAGAAAUCUUUUUUUCCAGAUACCCUCUCCUCCUUCCUUCAUGUCCACCAAAGAGUUCGGCUCAUAGCACACGGAGCAGGAUUUAAGCAGGAAAGAUGUGAAGUACAAUAGCAAUUAUACAAAUAAUAAUAAGAUGAUUGUAUAAAGUGAUUCACAUAGUCAGGAGAUCCAUUUAUUUUUGUAUUCAUACUUAGGUCGUAUGUGGUCUGUAACGUGACUCAUUCCUUACUUCGGUAUCAUUUUAUCCUCACCAGUGCUUGACUUUCUAAAUGCUGAAUGUAGCGGGGUCUAAAAUUGUGAUAACACUAGUUGUUUUUUUUUUCUACUAUUGCUAAAGUAAACAGUCAGAAGUAAACAUUUGUUCAGAGUUCAAAUGAAGCUUGAUAAGUGCUCAUGCAGUUUAAAAAAUUAUUUUUUUCAGUUUUAGAAGUACAAAAAUAAACAGCUUUACUGUUUUAGUGUCUAUGUGUACUUGUCAGUAUAUUUGUGUAUUAACAUGUUUAGCUAAAUGUCUGCAUGUAUAUGACUUUUUACUUCAAUCCAAUGCCAUGUUCUUGUUUUGUCUUUCAUACUAAUUUUAGACACAUUUUUUAAAGUGGGACAAAAGUAUUUUUAUAUCACGUUAUAUUUUUCUUGUACAUUUCCUAACCUCAUUUAUACAUAUCUUUGUCGUUACUUGUUUUUUUUUGUUUUUAAUCUUGUUCUUGGCACAUUUUUUGUUGUAAGUUCUAACCUUUUUUUUUUUUUUCAAUAUUAACACACACAAGACGAUUAUUAUUUGCUCUGAUUAUUGUCAUGAAAGUUUAAAUCAUCUGUUAUAAUGAAAAUAUAAAUAAUCUAUUUAAGACAGUUUCACACUUUUCCAGUUACCAAAUUAUAACUCGAUCAGUCUUAGUCAAUUCUAAAGAUAUGCAAGUCUUUCUUGCUCAUCAUCAACCAACAGCCCUUUCUCCUGCCAUUUUGGUUAUGCUAUAUACUCUUGGCACUGAUUAUCUUCUCAACCUUAAGAUAGAAAGAUGUUCGAAAUAACAUAGUUUUUGACUGGAAAUUUUAAAUGCCAAUAAUUUUAAAGGUUUCAGAAAUUCAUUUCUUUUGUUUCAUAUUUUGGGGGGAAUUUUAAAAUGAACACAAAACAUUAAAACCAUCAGAGUCAUGACGGCCAAUCUAAUCAGAAACAUGAUGGCCAAUAUAAUCAGAAUCAUGAUGACCAGUCUUAUCAAACUCAUUAUGGCCAAUCUAAUCAGAAUCAUGAUGGCCAAUCUAAUCAGCAUCGUGGUGGCCAAUCUAAUCAAAAUCAUGACAGCCUAUCAUACUGUAGAAGAGGAUUCUGGUAUUAAUUUUGAACCCAAAGCUUUUGCAGAACAGUUCUACUUGUGCUAUAUGCUCUAAAAGGGGUGCACAGGAUGAGAACGUUUUCAACGCAUUACCAUCUGCAUUGAUUUUGUGUGCAGACUGUUAGAUAACAGAUUUUGUGUUUCAAUUGAGUCAAGCGUUAUUAUUUGUUAUGGCCAAGUUAUAGGCAGGCUAAAUAGAGUUUCAUAGUCACAUUUUUUAUGUUUUUUUGUUUUAAUUGUCAGAUUGGUUUUGUAUGCUUAGACUGCUAGACCUAUCAUGGACAUAGAGAUAAAAUAGCUGACUUACUAAAACAUCGCAUAUGAGCUAUGGUACACUCACAAUAGAUUCUUGAUUUCAAUUAUAACAUUUUAAACUUUACAAGACUACCAAAAAAAAAAAAAGGUUUCUGCAGCUUAAAUAGUAUGAUAAAUGCCAAAAAAAAAUUAAGGGAUUAGUUUAAUAUACUGUAAUCUCAAGCUAGAGUUUUUUUCCUUAACAGAGAAAUAGUUUGUGAUCUUUUGAAACCAUUUGAGUCUCCUCAUUGGCUUACAUAGUCUUCAAUUGUAGACAUUGGCCUGUUCACGUUUGUGAGGGGAAAUUCAUUCAAUGGUUCUUAAUGAAAUCAUUUCCACCCUUUUUGGAGGAGGAAAGAUGAAUUUUAUGUUAAAAGGUCACCUUCUCCCUGCCCAUCUAGUGUCACAUUAGGAUUGCAGUGUUAUGUCUCAUAAUGGAAUGCCAGCCAGCAUUCUCUGUUGAAAGAUGGGCCAAGAGCUCUCUCCCCCCCCCC